AUGGCGGGCGGAGCGGGGAAGGACGACGAGCCCGAGCCGCCGCGGGAGCCGGACGCGGCGGGCGAGGGAACCGGCUCCGAUCACCCCGCUCCGGCGUCACCGGGCGCUUCCAAGGAGGAAGAGGGCGCCAGCGGAGCAGUCGAGGCGGGGCAGGACGACGCGCCCGAGCCGGAGGACGACCAGGAGGAGGGCGGGGACGCCACGGAGGACAACGUGGACGAGGACGAGGAGGAGGAAGGGGACGAGGAGGAGGAAGGGGACGAGGACGAGGAGGACGCCCCGACGCCGUUCGAGCCCUCGGAGGAAGAGUCACUUGAGGAGACAACUACAGUUGAUCCAAGCUAUACUAUCUCUCUUAUAAGGCAACUAAUACCUAAGGGAUCCAGUUUGGAGGAAGAGUUCAGGGAUUCAUCGCAACCGGAUAACACGGAUCCUUCUGAGGAAAGUGACAAGCAGGGUCUUCCAGAAGAAAGGAGUGUCAGUCCUGACGAUCAGUGGGAAGAGUGUGGUUGUAUUCUGCGGGAUCUUGCGGCUAGUACACCUCAAGCAGAACUUAUGAUUAAUAACCUUGUGAUUGAAGUGCUUUUGGAAAACCUUCAUACGGCAAAGUCUUAUAGGGUGAAGGAAAUUUGUCUUGGAAUCAUGGGAAACUUAGUCUGUCAUGAAUCUCUAGUUGCUGCAAUCUCUUUGAAAAAUGGUUUAAUUGCAACUGUCAUGGAGCAAUUGUUUCUUGAUCAUGUCAAAUGCCUUUCUGAAACAUUCAGGUUGUUGGCUGCCAUUCUUCGGUCCAGUGCAUAUGUUUCUUGGGCUCAAGCUCUUUUACCUGAUGAGAUUCUUUCACGUAUUCUACGGGUAGUUGGGAAGACAGAUAAUUCUACAUUAAUUGAAAAGAUCAUUGACUUCCUAUCAACUGUCAUUGAUAAUCGAGAUGUGAUUGCUAUGCUUAUCCAGCCGUUGCUUAAACUGGGUUUAGUUGACCGUGUUAUUGGGUUACUAACAAAUGAGAUUGAAAGAUCACCGGAUGAGAAGCUAGACAGAUUGGAAUCUUUUCAUUUGAUCCUUCACUUCAUGGAAGAAUUAUCAGCCAUACACUGUGUUUCAAAGGCAAUGGCAUCGAAUGACCGGCUGAUUAAAGUGCUAGUUAACAUGAUCAAGUCGCCUGAUAAAGUUGCGGUUGCAAGCUAUUGCGCUUCGGUGGUGAUCGUAAUGUCAAAUAUUUUGACUGAUGGCAAGCAUUUGGUGCCUAGGAUAUCCCAUGAUUUACGGUUCCUGGAGAGCCUACUUGAAGUUCUUCCAGAGGUCCCUGAUGAUGACCAAACUCGAUAUGCACUUUGGAGUAUCUUAUCGUGUAUUCUGGCACAAGUGCAAGAAACUGGGUUGAACUCCUCGUCCCUCGAUCGGUUUGUGUCUCUGUUCUCACGCAAGUUCGGCCUCAUCAAAGAUGACCUUGAGAGUCAGGUGGUUGAUGAAGAGAAUUUAACACCUGAGGAUGCUCUCCUGAAGGGAUGGAUAUCGAGAUGUCUCAUGGCAAUCUCCUUCUUCAUUGAGAGAUGGAUCGAGCAGAAGUCCUCCCAGGGCAACGAAGACGCCAUCAACAAUGCUCGGAAGGUGCUGAGCUACUGCCAAAAGGCGCUCCGCUAA